GUUGCACAGUUUCAGCUGCGCGUUCACAUCGAAACCACACGAGCGCGAGCGCGUCCACAUCGACCAAGUUUCCAAAGAACGGGAAGAGUCCACAAGAAGAUUCCAGAGUGGAAGUAUUGCUUUUUUUUUUUUUUUUACAGUUGUGUUUUUCUUCACUUUAAACGUCUUCAGUCCGUCCAACAGCUGUGUGCCUCACCCUAUCGACCAAUCAUUUGGGGGUAGCAAGAGAGGCUCAUCAUUAGCGCUUGGACUGGUACAACUGUCCCAACGAGUUCCAUGGCGGCUUCGGGUCUGAUCCAGGACCACGAUGACAACGACAUGCACGCCCACGUGGAAGCGAACGUAACUACAACAACCUCCUCCACGCCCGCUCGCCCCAAUGGCAGCCCCGGCCGGCCUGCAGCGCCGCCACCCACCGACGCCCCCAAUGGCAGGAGCCAGCGCAGUAGGCUGAGCGCUCUUCUCCAGCAGAACCAGCUUGUCCAGAGUCUGAGCAGUGGUCUGAGACGCCACUGCGACUAUGUGAAGAUCUCGGUCCCUGAGGAGCGCACCGACCGUCUCCCUAAGGAGUGGUGGAAGACGGGUGUGGCCUUUCUCUACGCUGUCUUUAACCUGGUCUUUACCACCGUGGUCAUCACCAUUGUGCACGAAAGGGUCCCUGACAAGUCAGUGAGCCCGCCGCUGCCUGACAAGUUCUUUGACUACGUGGAGCGCGUUCCUUGGGCUUUCACCGUCACCGAGGUCAACGGCCUGAUCCUGAUGGGACUGUGGUUGGUCCAGUGGCUCUUCCUCAAACACAAAUCAAUCGUGGGCCGCCGCUGCUUCUUCCUCAUUGGAACGUUGUACAUGUACCGCUGUGUCACAAUGUACAUCACCACCCUCCCCGUGCCAGGCAGACACAUGGUGUGUGCGCCCAAGCUCUACGAUGACUCAACAGGCAAGAUCUGGAGGAUUCUGAGGCUCAUCUCAGGAGGAGGUUUGUCUCUGACGAGCUCUCACAUGAUGUGCGGUGACUUCCUGUACAGUGGCCACACGGUCAUGCUCACCUUGUCCUACCUUUUUAUCAAAGAGUACUCUCCUCGCUGGAUGUGCUGGUACCACUGGAUCUGCUGGCUGCUCAGCGCCUCGGGUGUGCUUUGCAUCCUGGUGGCGCACGAGCACUACAGCAUCGACGUGCUGGUUGGGUACUUCGUCACUACCAGGGUGUUCUGGUGGUACCACACCAUGGCCAACACACAUGCUCUGCGUCAGGCACCCAAUAACUUCCUGUCGAGGACAUGGUGGAAUCCCGUGUUCAACUUUCUGGAGAGAAACGUCCAAACAACCGUUCCCGUCGUCUUCUCGUGGCCGCUGGCGUUGCCGUCUUCAUGCAGACAACGUUACAGGAUUGUAGAAGGGGGGAGGGACGAGUGACGGACGAUGAAGAUUUUGUUAUUUUAAUUUCUUACUCAUUUGUGACCACUCCAUGUUUGUUGACACACUCCUGUUAGUCUGCCAUGCUAACAGCAGAAUGAUGAUGUCUUUUACGGCACCGUUGAAGAGCUGCUAACCUGCUAGCAUUCCACUGAUAACUCACAUUUGGUCAUUGGUGUUGUACAUAGCGCUUUUCUGUGCAUAAUUAUUAUUAUUAUUUGCAUUGGACGCUGGAAACUACUGCUCAGAGAUGGCUUAAUAAAGUUGUCAAAUGCUUCUGUGUUAAUACCCAGGAUGCCUCCCCUGGGGGUUUUCUUUUAAGAGGGGGUAGGUAGACGUCACAUAGGAGUAUUUAUUAUAGCUAUAAAAUCACACAUGUCAUUAAAGGUGAGGGGAGUGUUGGAGAUUAAAUUCUUUGCAACCUCCUAAAGGUCAAAAGGACCACUUUAGAAAAUUAAUUAUGCCAAUUUCACCUCCCCCUUACGUGUAUGUUAAU